UCUCAGGUCAAGUCUAACCACUGCUCCCUUGACCAAUCCCUCGGAGACUCCUAAUCCCCGCCUCCAACUUUUCCAUCAUCCUCUCCGCCAUCUCCUUUUUCUCUUCGAUGUCAGAGUCGAGGGGACUCUGCAACUGCUGCGCCAAAUUCCUCAUCUCCGCCGGCCUCACCGCUCUCGUCUUAUGGAUCUCUUUCCGCUUCAUCAAACCCCGCUACUACCUCGUCUCCUUCUCCCUCCCGACGGCCAACUCUUCUUCCCUCGUCGCCUCAUUUCAGCUCGAGAUCGAGAACAAGAAUCGUCAAAUCGGCAUCUACCACGACGACAUCGCCCUAGACCUCUUCGCCGGCCCCAAUCUCUCUUCUCCACUCUCCCACUUCGUCGUCCCGGCUUUCUAUCAAGGCCAUCUCAAGACAGCUGAGAAGCCCGGUAACUUCAGCAUCAUCUCCGGCAGGAAUCUGACGAAGUUCGCCGUAGAAUCGGUGUUCCGAGUUUCGGCGAACUCGGCGUUCCGGUUCAAGGUGUUGGGAUGGAAGAGUCGGCACCAUGCUGUGAGCGUUGCCGGCGAGGUGGAGGUUGAUUCAGACGGUAAGAAGACUGCUAAGAAAGGGAUACGAUUGUCGUCGUCCUGCACGGCGAUAGUUCCCCCGGUGGUCCCAGGUUGUGUUUUCCUUUAUGCGAUGGUGUUAUUGUGGUUAUGAUUGAAGAUUGGACGAUCGUGAUUGAUUAGCAGCCUGCUCCCACGCCAUAGGUUAGAAGUAAUUUUUUUGGUGGUCAUUAUGGCGGUGGUGGUGAUAUGUUGGUGUGUGAGCGGUAAUUUAUAUUUU